AAUUUGUUCAUGAUGAAUGGAUAAAAUAUCUUAACAGCGAGCCACAAAGUAAGAAAAAGAGUGUGUAAGAGGGAACAGUGAUCUACUACAACGUUAAUUAUAACCUGCUGACGUUCUUCUCUCUCGGGACAGAAGUAGGGGGUGGACGGUACUCCGAUAAAGGUAGCGCUUUGACUGUAUUUGCAGUCAUACUUUGAAAACUUGAAAACCAUGCUAUUGAAAAGAGCAGAUACGAAAAUCUAUAAAAAGAGUGUUCAGAGGCUUUCGGCCUACUUUUCUAGCCCAUGUUCACGUACCAAGUCAAAAUUGCUCACUGUGUCAAACACAGUCAAAUCGUUACUGUUACAGUAAUGAUAACUGGUAACGGUCCACUCCCUAGAUAGAAGCGCCGUCUGAAUUGAAAAUUUUGAAAAGUCAACUUGUAGCGAGAUAAGACGUUCAGUAAAAACCAAAAUCGAUUGCUACGGCAUUCUGACCUUGGGAAGUUGUUUACAAGAUAUAUUGGGCAGUAAGCGACUCUCACGAAAACUGAGUUCACGAUAGUCUAUUACACUAAUUUAUUAAGCCAUUAUCUGUUUCUUCCAGCGACGGUAGGUCCGAGUUUAGACCCAUUCCAAGAAUCUUCAUGUUCACGAGACGAUAUUCAAGUAAAGGGAAAUUCUGAGAAAUUCUUAGAAAAAUUCAUAGAAAAAUAUGAUAUACUUGAUGCCGAUUCGUACAAGAAGGUGUCAAUUGCUUCGAGUUAUCUGUAUUCUCUGAUUCGUAGCUUUAAUAUUUGUGCUUUCCAAAAAAACUUUGCUAUCGGUGCUUUUUAGUGGAUUUGAACUCUAUCGAUAGUGUUGGUGUGUCUUUAGAUUAUCUUGAUCGAAGGCUGGUGUGAUCUGAAUCUACUCAUUUGCUCAAAAUUCUUUAUAUCCAGAUUCUUCAUUCAGGUCACACCAAUCUUCGAUCAAGAUAAUCUAAAGACACACUGACACUAUCGAUACGACACAAAGUGAAAUCAGAGGGGCUGGACGAGUUCGAAUCCACUAAAAGUCACCAAAAGCAAAUUUUCUCUAAAACACACAAAGAUUAAAGCUGCGAAUUAGACAAUGCACAUCAAUCGAAGCAAUUGAUGCCUUUUUCUAUGACUUAGCUGUGUACACAAAGUUUCCAUUUGAACUCAGAGACCUAGCUUCGCAGAUUUCUGGUGCCCUACAAAGGCCAUACUAACAGAUUUGCAUAGAAUCUGCAUUCCCACUACCCCUGAUUAUAAGCUUUUUCAGGUAUUGAAAUCAGUUUAUUACAAGUCACAGUCUUGCAAAUCCAGCAAAAAUCUAUAGGAAACGACCAAAACUGCUUUUGGGCAUAUUUGCACCCGAUCACAUUUCGGAAAAAACUGUUUCACUCUAACGAAUAGUAUGCCCUUCAAUCGUCGAAGACAAGUGCAUGCUCUUCUAUUUAUAGGAGAAAAGUGGCUAAGAAGAUCAUUCAUCGAUUACCUAGGGAUUGAAAAUGCUUGAAAAUGAACUGUUUCUCUUUUAUGAUUUAUAACCUAACUAUGUUUCAUACACUAUUAUGUUCAGUUUUUCAUGACGUAUUUUUCUUUAUCAAACACUACCCUAACUCAGUUCUAAAUUUUGAGGAGAAUCGGCUUUAGUAGGCACUAGCAUCUUUAUGCCUCAUUUUAGAAAAAAUAAUGUCAAAAAGUUCUCUAAGGCUUCAAAACGGCAGGUCGACAGGAAAAUGUGGAAAAUCAUUGUCUCUAUAGAACUACAUUAAAGUUAAAACUUAAAAGUCAAUGGACCGAAAUCGAUGCAAAGAUUAUUAGAAACACUGAUCAAGACAACUACGCUAAACAAACAAGCAAGGCGAGGAGAGCUGAUUUCCACUGUUCUGAUGGGGGUUGUUACGUGGCAACAUCAACUGAAAUACUGGGAACGAGUGUUUCUGUGUGUUUAAUUAUGUUGACAUCAGUAUCAAGUUAGGAAAACCUGUUGUCGGAAAGUUCGUACAUUCUAUACAAACUGCUAUUGGAAAUAGUAUACUUUUUCUCCAUCAUUUUCUUCUGUGAUAUCUUGACCUUCAGCUGGUUUUUGUAAUGGUUUUCUCAGAAAAAAAGAGAUUCAGUUUUUGUUUUUCUUGUAGCCACGAAAAGCCUUGUUUAGACACAAAUAGUCUUCAAUCUUGCUUUUACUGAUUUAAGCUACACAGAUAGAGAAAGUGUAAUAUUUAGACCAAUGAUCUGUUUUAAUAAAUAUUCUUUUCUGUUAAGAUGAACUAUAUUAUCGUGAUUUUCGCCGUACGUCCACUUAUUCAUUUCAAUUUGUAUCGCAAUUAUGUCGAUUAAGUCAACAAACAAUUGGUGAUGCAUUAUUAACACUUCAAUCAACUGCUCAUAUUACAUUCACAUUAUUAUCAAAAGAGCUAUUUCUACAACAAACUCAGUUAUCAAUUCAACAGUUUCAAUCAUCAACUAUUAACGACUUUUUAUUUAUAUUUGACUUUAUUCAAUCAACAACACAUGCUAAUGGUUUAUUAUCCAAUACAAUGACUAAUUAUCAAUUAAGAUUAAUUUCAUUUCUUGACUUUCUUGAUUAUCAUCUAACAACUCAACCAUCUCAGUAUAAUCAAGGAAAUUGCACAUGUGAUAAUCCAACAAAAUGUUUCGAAUUAUCAGCAAUAUAUAAUAGUAAUUUUUCUAUUCAAUUCCAAGUAACAGGGUUUUAUUUAGGUUGUUACUUGACGGAUUCAUUAUUACAAUCAACAUUAGAAUGUUUUUAUUCUCAACAAUGUUUAAAACAAAUACAAUUCUACUAUUCAUCAACAAAUUACAAUAUAACACCGUUAAAUUCAACAUUGAAAACCAUCUCUCUAGUAUGUCUCAGUUCAUAG